AUGUAUACAAAGUCAUUACCUAUUCAGAGGUUCCCUGAAAUUCUUUUCAUCUAUCUGAAACGUUUCUCGCUGGAUCGGUUCGUGGAAAAACUGAACGUCUUUUUAGAGUUUAGACAGACUCGAUAUGAGUCAUUAUACGCUGCCGAUGGAAGUGUACCAUUCCAGUACGAUCUCUAUGCUAUUUCGAACUACAGUGGUACCAUCAACAGUGGUCACUCUAUACAGCCUAUUGCAAACAUUCGUACUCGAACACCUGACACGAAUUCAACGAUAGUCGUGUUUCAAAAAUUUCAUCAGAUUUGA